AUGGACACGUGUGACCUGCCGACUCAGAACCACGAGAGUGACUGCCAUUCGUUGCCAUGCAGUCCUCUGUCAGUUUUCGACAAACCUGCCGGUGACAAACCGGUUCCACCGGCCCCGUUCAGUUCAGUUCGGAUCAGCUCAUUCAUCGCAUUCGCCAUCGUCUGCCCUCGUGGCAGUCGAGCCGAGGGACUGCGUGACACCCCUUCCUCGUUUUGCGCCCUCAGCGCUGCUAAAAUCGCUAAGCUGGCCAUCGAUGGCAUUUCAGUUAGCCAGCUCGACGACAUCAUGAGCAACGAGAAUCUCUACUCGCCUCCGCCAGCGAUCUCCAUUCCGCGUGUGUAUGUCAAGAAACCAACCUCGGAAACGUUCUCCUCAGCACUGACCACGUUUCAGACUGCGCAGUCGGCGAACCCGAUCCAAAUCAACGCCAAAGUCUACCUGUCGCCGCCGACCAACGGUCAGGGUUCACCCCUGGCGCUGAUGGACACGAGCACAGAACCCGUCGCUCCUUCUCAAUCGCGUCCUGUCGUUCCUUCGUCCGCGCCUCCAAGUGAGCAGAAAUCGGGACUCGACUUGAGCCUCGAGAGCUCGACUUCCAGCCGUCUCGACCAAGCGCUGAAAUUCGGCGAAAAGCUCUUGCUGAUAGUAGCCUUGCUGGCCAUUGCCAUCCUGAUGAUAAUCCUCUACGUCCAAAGCAGUAAGUAGAG